AUGGCGGAAACGCUUCAAAUCCCGGACGAGGAUGCGGCCUGGCUGUCUCCGCAUCUGCCGUCAGAAUCUGCCAUCCAGUCAGCCGGGCACCAAAACCGUCCAUUCGUCACUCUGACCUUUGCCACAUCGUUGGACUCCUCACUUUCACUCGCUCCUGGAGUGCGUACACGCCUCUCCGGUCCCGAAUCCAAAGCUAUGACGCAUUACCUGCGUCGCCAGCAUGCCGCCAUUCUCGUUGGAGUCGGGACUGUCCUUGCCGACGACCCAGGCUUGAACUGCCGCAUCGCAGGUGCGGGUCUCGACGCUCAGCCUCGACCCGUUGUACUAGAUCCUCGCGGCCGGUGGGACUUCACCGAGCAUAGCAAAGUUUUCGAGAUCGCCCGAGCAGGCAAAGGACUCGCGCCUUUUGUUCUCGUCGGGGCGGCGGCUAUUGAUUCUGAGAGACAGCAAGUCCUGGAAGCCCACGGCGGAAAGUUUGUCGUUCUCGACACCCAGAAGGCUGAGCCCCGUUUCAAUUGGCCGUCCAUUCUCUCUGUCCUCCAUGACGAAGGCUUAGACAGCGUCAUGAUCGAAGGAGGAGGCCAGGUUAUCAACUCGCUACUGAGUCCCGAAUACCACCAACUCGUCGACGCUGUCAUUGUGACCCUUGCACCCACUUGGCUUGGACGCGGUGGCGUUGUCGUUUCCCCUGACCGCGUCCACACCUCGGAAGGCACGCCCAUGCCUGCUGCACGACUGGCCGAUGCAGCGUGGCAUCAGUUUGGAGAGGAUAUUGUUCUUUGCGGCAAACUCAGGCGAGGCGACUAG